AUGUCCAUUCACAAAAAAAAUCCACACCUUUCUUUUUCACCGACUUUGCAAACUCUUAUUCCAGAAAUUCUAGAAUUUAUAUUAGUAUUUCUUCCAGCCCCUUAUGUUGUUUCUCCCGUGUGUCGACAAUUUCAUACAAUUGUGUCAAAAUCACCAAGUUUUAAACGACGUUGGCUUCGUAUAUGGCUUCAUCCAAAACUUCCUGAUGCUUUUUUACCUACUUAUUCCGAACUUUGCAAAGCAGUUGAGACAAAGACUCCAUUCAACAUUCUAAUGCAAAUUAUCGAUUUACAAAAAUUAUGUAAUAAGCCACUGGCUUCUUCGUUGGAUGAUAGCGUAACAAAAUUGGUGGAUGUAUCUUUCCUACACAAUGAAAGUGAUCAAUUAAUUCCUUUUUUGAUUUCUCGUGGGUUAAAUAUGAAAAAAUAUAUUCAAUAUCAUACUUCUAAAGAUAUCCAAAGAACAAAAGAAGGAAUCCAUGUGGAAAAUAGAUUACCAAAAGAUUAUUUAUCUCCUUUAAUUGUUGCUUCAAAGAAAUCAAAAACUUUUUCCACUCAACUUGCUACUUCAAAGGACUUUUUUACUGGUACUGAGUUGGCCUUUGCAAUUGUUCUUCAUGAACGACUUGAUGUUGCUUCAUCUGUGGCUAUUCAUCAACAACAUAUUUUAGAUAUUCUGGAGGAAAGUGUAGAUCGACAAUACACUACAGGCAUUGCUUGGGCUUUUCAACAAGGUGUUGGAACUGUUCAAAAAAAUAAUCCAUUAUAUCUUCGUUUAUGUAUUGAAAAAGCAGAUGUCGAAUCCGCAAAGAUUAUAAUUAAUAAUGGGGCUGCCAUAAAUAUAUCGCCAUCAAAUCAUGCAAAUGAUCCUUCAAUUUAUGGUGCUACAUCUCUUUUAGAAUUUA